UGCGCUUUCUUUCUCUCUCUAUCUCUACCUCCGUCCUCUCCGCCGCGGUUUCCCCCGUUCCGUCUGUCAUCUCGCCGGAAGCGGCGGUGCGCUCCUUCGCGACCGGGGGGGAUUGGGAAUGGGGGGGCGACCGGCGGACGCCGCGCCGAUUCUGGACCCGCCGGAGCGAUUUCAAGGGUUUUCGGAGGCCGCCACGCCCAUUGACCACCUCCCACGUUCUCUCCCCUUCCUCCGUCUACUCCAAUCUCCGAUCAAUCACCGGCGAAUCGCCAAAAAACCAUAGCCCGAUCGACAAAAAUGACGUAAAAUUGUUCCCACGUCUCCAGCUUCGGUUCUGGGGUUCUCCAAUGGCGAUGAGGCGGUUCACUCGCCGCUUCACCUCCCCCCCCUCUCCUCCGCCGCCCCAUCUCCUCCGCCGCGGCGGCAGCAACCACCAGCAUUCGGCCUCCUCCAACCCCAAUCCCUUCCGCGGCGUCUCGGUCCUGUUUUCUCGCAGUCACUCCACGAUGAUUCCGCCUUCCAAGUCGCGCCUUUACGCCUCCUUCUUCUGCACCCUCAUACACCUCUUCUUGACCUGCGGCAGGUACGCCAAGGCCGUGGACGCCUUCGCCUCGAUGCGGAGCCGCGGGAUCCUGCCCGGCUUGGCCUCGUGGAACCGGCUCAUGCACGGGUUCAACGCCUCCGGCUUGGUCUCUCAGGUGAGGGUUCUCUACUCCGAGAUGAUCGACUGCGGCGUUGCUCCUAAUGUCUUCACGAAGAACGUGGUGGUCCACGCUCUGUGCAAAUUGGGGGACGUGAAUUCGGCCCUUGAGUUGCUUCGGAGCGAUUCGGAUGUCGAUACAGUUACUUAUAAUACGGUCACGUGGGGAUUCUGUAGGCUGGGUUUGGUACGGGACGGUUUUGGGUUGUGCUCGGCGAUGGUGAGGAGCGGGAUUAGUCUCGAUUCUUUUACUUACAAUAUAUUGGUGAAGGGGUUUUGUGAUAUUGGGAUGGUAGAGUAUGCUGAAUGGGUCUUGGGAAAUUUGGUUAGUGGGGGGAUUAGCAGGGAUGUGAUAGGUUUGAACAUUUUAAUUGAUGGUUAUUGCAAACGCGGUGAUGUGAGUCGGGGGCUCGAGUUGAUGGAUGUCAUGAAAGGGCAGGGUUUGUUGCCUGAUAUUGUUAGUUAUAAUACCUUGAUCAAUGGGUUCUGCAGAGCCGGUGAUGUUGUUAAGGCUAACAGCCUUAUUGAAGAAAUUUCUAGGAUCAGCACUACACAAGAUGGAGAGGGCUGUAGGGAUUUGCAAGCAAACCUCAUUACGUACACUACACUCAUGAGUUCAUACUGUAAGAAUAAGAGCCUCGACGAAGCAUUCUCCUUGUAUGAGGAGGUGGUCAUGAGUGGGUUUUUGCCUGAUGCUGUUGCUUAUGGUUCGAUUGUGAAUGGCCUGUGCAAAUGCAGUAGGUUGAGCGAAGCAGGGAUUCUCUUAGGAGAGAUUGAGGAUAUGGGGAUCGAUCCUAAUCAUAUUGUGUUCACUACUCUGAUUGAUUCCAAUCUGAAGAAUGGGAAAUAUGUGGAUGCUCUUGCACUUGUAAGCCAAAUGGUAGUCCGUGGGAUUGUUUUUGACGUGGUCGUGUACACUUCUUUGAUGGAUGGGCUCUUCAAGUUGGGCAAAGUUGAGGAGGCAGAGAAGGUGUUUAGACUAUAAUGAAUGGCGGUCUAGUUCCGAAGUACAUCACCUAUUCUGCAUUGAUCAACAACUGGUCCAAGUUAGGAGAUAUGGAUGCAAUAGAACGGACACUAGAAAAGCUGGAUAAUGAAAAUAUUUCAACAAAUAUCAUUACAUAUACUUCCAUCAUAUGCGGUUACAUUAAGAGAGGCAUGUUUGAUGGAGCUGUCAGUAUCAUGAAGAUGAUGGAUCAGCUAAAAAUAUCACCAAACAUAUAUACUUAUGCUGCUCUAAUUGAUGGCUUCUUUAAAGGAGGUAGACAAGAGGUUGCUCUUGAUCUUUACAGUGAAAUGAAAAGUAGGGGUUUGGAAGAAAAUGAGUUUGUAGUUGAUGCUAUCAUGAACAACUUGAAAAGGGAAGGAAAGAUGGAGGAAGCUCAAGAGCUUAUUAAGGAUGUAAUAUCUAGAGGACUGUUGCUUGAUCGAGUGAAUUAUACAUCUUGGAUGGAUGGCUUGUUCAAGGUAGGGAAGGAGUCCGAUGCCUUAAAACUCGCUCAGGAAAUGAUGGAAAAAGAAGUUGGGUUGGAUGUUGUUGCAUAUAAUGUGUUGAUCAAAGGUCUUUUGAAGCUCGGCAAAGAUGAACUGGAAUCAGUGUUUGCUGAAAUGAGAGAUUUUGGUUUGACUCCAGACCAUGCUACAUACAAUACGAUGAUAAAAGCAUGUAUUGAGAAAAGGAACUUGGAUAAUGCUCUCAAACUUUGGGAUGACAUGGAGAUCUCAGGUUUAACUCCAAACCUGAUCACAUAUAACAUUCUCGUGAAGGGACUAUGUGAAACUGGCCUGAUAGAAAAAGCAUUCUAUGUGGUAAACAAGAUGUGCAACCAUGGUUUAUGCCCUACCUUCACUAUGUAUAGGGCUUUGCUAGAUGCAUCCUCAAAAGGCAGGAGGGCCGAUGCAGUUUGGCAAAUGCACGAGAAACUUCUAGAAAUGGGCCUUGCACUCAACCAGGCAGUGUGCAACUACCUCAUAAUUACAUUUUGCAGGCUUGGGAUGACCAAGAGAGCCACUUUGGUUUUGGAAGAUAUGAAGAAAAAGGAAAUCCCAUGUGAUAUAAUUACAUACAAUGCCUUGAUUCUUGGGUAUUGCAAGGGAAGCCAUCUGAAUAAAGCUUUCGCUUUAUACUCUCAAUUGUUGGUUGAAGGGGUUUCUCCAAAUAAUGCGACAUACAAUACUCUUAUGGGUGGUCUGGCAUCUAAUGGUUUGAUGAGAGAAGCUGAUGAAUUAUUUGGUGAAAUGAAAAGAAAUGGCUUACUUCCCGAUGCUAUGACAUACAACACUUUGAUCACUGGCCAUGGUAAAGUUGGAAACAGAAAGGAGUUCAUGAAACUCUACUGUGAGAUGAUAACUAAAGGCUUUGUUCCGAAAACCAGCACUUAUAAUGUGCUUAUUAAUGAUUUUUCUCAGGUGGGAAAAAUGGAACAGGCUAGAGAGCUGAUGAAAGAGAUGCAAGCGAGGGGUGUGUCACCUAACUCUGCAACCUAUGAUAUUCUAAUUUGUGGUUGGUGCGAGCUUUCUAAUAAGCUGGGGCUGGAUAAAGUGUUGAAAA